AUGAUCGAAUGGAUGAAAUCGGGAGACACCUUUGAACAAACGUCGUCCGACCGGGUCACUUCGUCCCCUGUGUUAAAAGCCUUCUACCUGCGUGAGGAGGAACGCUGUGUGAUUGUUACUGAUCAAAAAGCGCAUAUUACUGUUUCAAAUGUGGCACGAGAUAAAUCCCUGUCGCAGAUCGCUCAGCUUCCUGUUGGGCUUAGUUCUGAGCAAAUAGCCGUCACGAGCAGCUUCGUGGCGUACUGUAGUGGUAAGGAAGUGUUUGUAAUUCCUACCGAUGAAAAUCCAUCGUUUUCUGCUAGUAGCUACCUAUGCAAAACUCAUAUCGAAGGGUUUGGUGAUCGGAACGCAUCCAACGUUUUUGUAAGGAUCACGGCUUUAGGAGAUACGAUUGCGGCCACACUAGCCAUUGGAAGAGUUUACGUUUGGUAUGAGCAGUUGGGACGCCUUAAUACUUCACGGAAACCACGAUCUGGGAGAAUGCCCGAUUAG